UUGGCACGGCCGGGAAUCGGUCCGACAACCCUCUGAUUACUAGCCCGAUUCCCUAACCGCUCAGCCACCCGACUCAUAAGAUCAUAAAAUGCCGUAAAAGAGCAUUGGUCUCUCUUGGCGCCAGAGUCCUCUUGAUCAUAAAGGAGCCCGCGUCACUAUGUCCUGCUGGGAGACAGCCAGCAGGGUUCAAGGUCUACGAUGGUGAGUCUCAGGGUAGAUCAGGUCUCCCUGCUCCUUGUUCUCAUGGUCCUCAGUACUGCGUCUGUUACGGAGCACAAGCCUCUCUCAAAACCCUGCUAGCAUAACGUCUUCAAAAUGAAAAGCAUUCUGAAGGACAAGAAGGCCAAGUCUAAACUUGGAGUACAUUUUGAGAGUGCAGCUCAGAGCAGCUCUCUCGGGGCCGUGCGCUGGACUCUACCCGAGGAGGACGUGACACAGCACAGCUCUGCACCCACCAAGAGCAGCUUCACCUCCAGACCAAAGGAUUUGAAUGACCUGCGCAGACUGCAGGACUGUGUGAGGUUCCUUAGCCAGUGGAGAGAGCAGGUGGAGCAGGUGUGCAAGGGUGCCAGCAAGAUGGCCAACCAGAGAGAGCAAAGUCUGGAGCAGUGCCAAAAGCUCAUCCUCCAGUGGGCCAAGGAGCUGAAGACAGUGGACAUCGACACGACUGACUGGCAACAGAAGAGAGAAGAACCCCAGGACCAAGAAGACUCUGAGGAAGCAGAGAUGAGGAUCAUGGAAUGGGCCAAGGAGCUUCAGUCUGUGACAGAGAGAUGUGGCCUGAUGAGGGAUGAGGUGGCCCAGAUGCUGAGACAGGUGGAGCUCAAGAAGAAAAAGGUAGGGAGACUCCUCCCCUUCCUGGAGUUCAUCACCUGGUCUCUCCUGAAGGCCGAUGCGGGGACGGUGGCCCAGCUCUGGCUUGCCACCAAACAACGCACCUGGAAAACAGAAACACCCCACAAGUACAUCCCAAACUCAGUCUGGGAGUGGAUCUGCAGUGCUUCAGUUGACAUAACUCUGGACCCCCAGACCAGCCACCCCUGGUUGCUGCUCUCCGACGACCAUAAGAAGGUGCAGGAGUCCCUGACCCCAGCCGAGGUGUCCUUCAGCCCUCAGCGCUUUGACAUCUGGCCCUGCGUGCUGGGCUGGGAGGGCCUCUCCUCGGGUCGCCACUACUGGGAGGUCGACUUGGCCAACAACGGUUACUGGAGGCUGGGCCUCACUACGGCCUCGGCCAAGAGGCUGGGGCGCUUCCAAAUGGUCCCCGCUGAGGGCUACUGGGCGCUGUGGAGGAGCACGAGACAGUUCUAUGCCUGCUCUAAACCCGAGACCGCCCUGCCUCUCUCGCUCGUACCACGCAAGAUGGGCGUCUACCUGGACUACGACGAGGGGCAGGUGUCCUUCUACAACGUGGAGAACAGGGCGCACAUUUACACCUUUAAGGACAACUUUAAGGAGAAGCUGUAUCCGCUGUUUGCACCGUUGGACGGCCGUACGCUCAUUUCAAUCUGCUCCUCAACUCACUAACCUCAGAGGCUGUAACCAGUAAAUGGUUUAGGAUGCUGGGUGUAACUCAGUGGUCGGAGCAAUUUGACUGCAAACCAACAGGUCGCAGUUCAAAUCCCACAUGAUUUUAUUACAGCCAUCAACAACAACCGUCUCCCAGACCCUCAUAUGGAAGAUAAGGGACUUGACUGACUCCGUUGCAGACUGGACAACCGCAUCUCUCGGCAGUAAUACACUUAGCACAUCUGAAAUAUCAUCCACAUUUCAGCUGCCUUAACAGCCCUAAGUGAGACCUAUAUUAAGUAUCUAUGUAGUAUACCUGAGAGAUUUUGACCAGCUUGAUUUGAGUCUGCCUGACUGAAGUCCUGUGGUGAAACAAUAAUGAAGCAAUGUUUUAUUUCUAUGAAAUAUGUCAACUGCUUUUCUAUAUUACAAGCAUGAUGUUGCUUAGUGACAGAUUUUAAUGACCACUGUAUACCGAGCAAUAAACUGUGUCCUCAAAAAGUUUUUAAUCUUCUUAAUAACACAUUUUCAUUACAGCUCCAAUGUGUAAGAAUAAUAAAAUUUGAUUUAUUUUUCAAUGGCAGUCCACUGUUUUAUUUCAUAAAAAUAAUGACAAAAUACAUUUUGUACGUGCCACUAUGAUAAAAGGAAAUUUAACAAAUCUGACUUAAAAAAUAAAAGCCUAUAAAUCAUCUAAAGAUAUAAAAAUGUAUUAAAAAAUUAACAAAAGUACUGUAAGAAAAUGAAAAAUUUUCUGGCAAGACAAAAGAUAGGGUAGGUAGAUAGUCCUCAUGCCCAAUCAUAAUUCAAGUAAUUAUUGUCAAAUGCCAUCAACACAUCUCAAAAUGAUCUUUCCCUGAU